AUGGACGAUCUGGCUUUGUUUGGCACGGCACCAUCUGGUCCAGACAGGCAGUAUCCUGCCUCGUUCAGCGACAUCGGCCAGCCGAAUCCUGCACUUGAAAGUGCCGAGCUGGCCUUGGUUCGCUUCACGGCGCCGUGUUGGCCACAGACCAGACCUGCUUGUGUCUCGACAUCCCUGAUUUGGCUUUUCAAGCACUGGAACUUCAGCUACCUGCGCGCGCAGUGCUGCCCAUUUCAUGCCGCUUUGGCAGUUGCCCUUGGCACGCUGAAGGCGAAAAAGAAGGACUGCUGCAAUCCGUUGUGGAGCCCCUUCACCGGCUGGCAGUGCGAUUUUUGCACGGCCAUGAAUCACGAGAACUCUGAGCACUGCGACCUGUGUGGCAGUGCCAGGACUGUGGGAGAUCAAUCUGCCGAGCUGUCCAUGACGAGCCUGAAGACUGGAUCCGUGUCACUGAAACACUGCUGCAACAGAUGCCGAGGUUUGGGGUGUAGCAACAUGUAG